AAUUUUCCAAGUUUUCUAAAUCUUGCGGUCAAAUAAUAAAACUUUAUCCAAAUAAGCACGCCGUUUAAGAAUUACAUAAACCCGGUCGCGUCACACACAAUUUUAUGUAACCAGUUACAGAGAUAGUGGGGAACGAACAGACAGGCAGUCCGCGAUCACCAGCCAACGGCGCCGCACGCUCGCCCGCUUAAAAAAAAUGAAAACAAGAUUAUAAAAACAAUACAUGUACACCAAAACAUGUAUUAGUAAGAAAAACUACGAUAAUUUUUCGAAAAAAAGUGUCAGUCGUAAAAUGAAAGUGAAACUAUAAGUGCAGUGACCGUUUCAAUAUGUUGAGCGAAAAAUGGAAAGUCAUUCUCGUACUGGCUACGUCUGUGGUCGCGGGCGAGUCGAGCCGCGCGCUGAGCCUAGUCCGAGACCCUUAUCGCCCCAUCUUCAUCCCUAAAUACAAACCUAAGCGCUCCAGAGUCCUAUUUCUAGAUGACCACGAAAAUUACCAGCCAGUCGGGCGAGGCGAGAUAGAUCUAACAUUACAACCAGUAAAUUCGAAAAUCAAAUUUGACGAUGCCAGCGAUUACGAUUUCACUUCACCUGGAGACAAGACGGAACUAUCAGGAAAUGAGAGGUUCUACGAGCCGAGAAUCCAUCCUUUCUCAUACCCUUUAUAUCAAGGAAGAUUUGGGAGAUACGCCCCUAACUUCAACUUUGAGCCUACUGUUCCUUACGCGCCUUUCCCGCCAGUAGUCCGCAACAGUUUCUACAAUGGGUGGAAGGCGCGAAGUCCAAGAGUUGUCUUCCCUUAUAGUGAUGUGAACGCUAUCCAAACAAAUUCGCAUGCUGGCCCAACGUUUAAUGACAACGUUGUGUUCCGCGACAGCUUGAACGACGUGGGGGAGAACGAGAUAGCUCCGCAGGAUGAUAAUAGUGGAGGUGAUGCGUUCGCGGAGAGAGAUGCCAACGACCACCGAGCUCUCGACAUCCAAAGAAUGGAUUUCAAAAAGCGAACACUCUCAAAGCCCAUGUUCGUUCAAACAGAAAUAAAAAGGCCAUACGUAAAACGAAACUACAUUUCGAACGCAACUGUCCUGCCGCAAUUUAAGCCAAUCACAGACGAGCAGAUGUCCCGAAUGCGUGAUAUUUUAAAAGACAUUAGUACAAAAACAGUGCCAGUAUUCAGUACAAUUAGAAAAGGUAGAAUGUCGACGGACGCGUCGAAAGUAGAACCUCAGAAAGAGGACAGACAGGAUGAGAAAAACUGCUCGCAAGGCGGGACUUGCGAGUUUUUUUUCUACUGCUGGAUGGUGGGUGGUUUGCUCGAGGGAUCCUGUGGGGGAUUGCUUAAAGGAUGCUGCCACAGAGUUGCGAAGGCUGGGAUCCUGGGGGUCCAGGAUUCGAACAGCAUUGAGUUUUCGGGGGAGAGUUAUGGGCCUGUGAUUAAUGAUGAAAGCUGCGGCAUAGCUGUUGGAAAGCAGACAGCGCAGCGGCGCAUCGUCGGCGGCGACGAUGCGGGCUUCGGAACGUUUCCCUGGCAAGCUUACAUCAGGAUUGGCUCCUCCAGAUGCAACAUGCUUAUGUCGAUUUUCGAGCUUAUCGGGUGGAAGCAGUGUUGGAUAGAGAGAUGCGGUGGCUCUCUCAUCUCCCGCCGCCACGUCGUCACGGCCGGGCACUGCGUGGCGCGCGCUCAGCCGCGUCACGUCCGCGUCACGCUCGGCGACUACGUCAUCAACUCGGCCGCUGAACCGCUCCCUGCGUACACGUUUGGUGUGCGCGGCAUCAAAGUGCACCCACUGUUCAAGUUCACGCCGCAAGCGGAUAGAUUUGACGUGGCGGUGUUGACGUUGGAUAGGAAUGUGCAUUACAUGCCGCAUAUAGCACCAAUCUGCCUGCCAGAGCGCGGCAGUGACUUCCUAGGCCAGUACGGCUGGGCGGCCGGCUGGGGCGCCCUGAGCCCCGGGUCGCGGCUCCGACCCCGGACGUUACAAGCUGUAGAUGUGCCCGUGCUUGAUAACAGAGUGUGCGAGCGGUGGCACCGAGCUAAUGGCAUUAACGUCGUAAUUUACCCAGAGAUGCUCUGCGCUGGCUACCGCGGCGGCGGCAAAGAUAGUUGCCAAGGUGACAGCGGCGGCCCUUUGAUGUUAGAGCGAGCCGGCAGAUGGUACCUCAUUGGUGUUGUCUCAGCUGGCUACUCGUGCGCAAGCCGCGGACAGCCGGGGAUCUAUCAUAGGGUCGCGCAUACGGUGGAUUGGAUCAGUCAUGCGACAACCCUGUCUUAGGGGCUCUACACACUGAUAAUUGCUUGCGAUUUGAGUUACAGACUUAGUGCAAUAAUCCUUCACCAUCGUAUUUUCACGGCACGGACGGACGGACGUGAUAUUAUAGUUGGUCAAGCAGAUGUUGUCAGUAGAAAAAGACGCGAAAUUAAAAUUUUCUAUGGGAAGAUAUCCCUUUGAAAUUAUUUAUAUUUUGAAAAAUGUAGGCGUUUUUCAAAUUUGCCGCCUUUUUCUACUGACAAGAUCUGCUUGACCAAGUAUAUUAUGUGGACGAGUCAGUCUCAGAACAAGAAGUAAAAUACGAUGGCAAAAGCAUUAUGCACUACAUCACAUUGCGGCAUUUUUGCCCUCCUAAGCUAGAAGGUAGUUAUUUAAAAAACAAAUGAGUAUGAAAAUUCAACUAUCAGAUUUUUUAAUUAAAAGCAGUAUUUUAAAUGGAUAUUAAUGUACUUUAAAUUAAUGUAAUUUACAUUUUUAAUGAAAAUGUAUGUACUGUAUAUUAAUUUUCAUUUAAAAUACUGCUUUUAAGCUUUGCCUUUAAGAUUUUUUGUGUUUAAAAUACUGCUUUUUAGCUUAGCAGGGCAAAAUUUGAUGAAUUUGAACUCAGCCGGCAAUUAUCUAAAAUCGCAUGCGAUAAGUUGUAAGGUCUGUAGAGGCCUGGUGUACACUGUGUACAGUUCAAAAUUGGAAUAGACUUUGAAGUAGGGUUGUGCCUCAGUGAAAGCUUAACAUGCGCCUCUUGCACCAUCCCACUAACCCGGCGUUAAACGGUUAAACCGGCCCCUAUUUCACCAACGUGACAGGUGCGACAAUUCGACAAGUCUCAUUGUUGCUGACGUCACAGGCAUCCAUGGGCUACGGUUAUCGCUUACCAUCGGGCGGACCGUAUUCCUGUUUGUCACCAUCAUUGUAUUCUUUUAAAAAAGCUUUAUUAUAUCGGCAAAAAACAGGUAUUUCUCUUGUGAUGUUUAUGAUGAUAAUGAUGACAAUAGUCACAAGAUUUCAAAGAACUUUCGGUAAUUCUUGACAGCAAAUGAGUUCUGUGUCGGAAUUUCGUGACAAUUGUCGUAUUUCUUGUGACAAUUGUCAUUAGCUUCGCAAAAUGAGUACUUAUUUACUGGCGAUAUAGUGGAGUUUUUUUUUUAAAUUAACAUGUUGGUGGCAAACAACCACACCGCCCGUCUGAUGGUAAGCGGUUACCGUAGCCUAUGGAGGCCUGUGACGUCAGUAACAGUGAUGUCGACAAAUGCGACAUUUGUCACGUUGGUGAAAUAGGGCCCUGGAGUUACCAUGGUUACCAGUACAAUUU